AUGAUUAUUAGUUAAAUAACCAACAAUGAUGAAUUGCAAGAGCCAUUAGAAACAAAUAUGAAUAAAAGUUCAAAAGUGUUAUUGUGGGGAAGAAGAAAUUAGAGACAGAGCUUUGGCAUCGAGAAUCCAAUUUGGAAAUACAAGGCUUUGAAGAUUAUCAUUUUGGUUUCCAGAUUUUUGUACCUCAUAACGCAACAAAUAUUCAGAAAAGACUUAACAAAUAUAUCGAAAUCUGAGUUCAACUUAAUUCAUGAUGCCUCCUCCGAUUAUGACUUUUUCAAGUACGGAGGUUACCUUCCUAAAGAUAAACCAUCGUAUUUAUUACUGAAAAUUCAUUCGUGGUUCUCCUGCAUUAUAUGUAAAGUAGUUAACUAUUAGAGAGCAACAAAAUACAUUUUUACAAAAAAAUCACAAAAAAUGGCUUUUGAAACCGGAUGAUACAAUCAUGAUAGUUUGGAAUGUGACUAUGAUUGUCAUAGUAACAAUUAAUGUUUUUUACGUAUCGUUGCGAAUAUCAUUUCCUGAGAUCAGAGAGUUGUCUUUGAUCGGUAAAGAAUUGAUCUUCGAAUAAAUCCCAGUUUAUAUUUUCUUCAUUGACAUUAUAUUGAAAUUCAACACUUGUAUAUAUUUUAGAGGAAAUCUCAUCUCAAAUCGGAAAAAGAUUAUAAAACAUUAUUGUGCUGAAGGUAGAGUAUUUAUUAUAAAAUAUAGGUUUAAUAAUUGAUUUGGUCUUAGUGGUGCCCUUUUUUAUUGGUUAAUUGCUAAAUUUUAGUUAUUUGGAUUUUGUAAUUGUUUUGAAGGUGUUUCAACUUUCAAGUUUAUUUUCUUCAUUAUUCAAUCGCUUAGAAUUGACUUCGAGACAAACAGCAAUUUUCGAUUUGUUCAAAAUGAUGUAAAAUUAAAAUGGUAUUCUAGUUCAUUCAUGAUUUUGGUCGCUCACUUUUCCGCAUGCAUAUGGCAUAUUCUUGGAUAAUGGGGAGAAUGGGGUCAUGAAGAUGGAAAGACUUGGAUCAAGGUAACUAAUUUGUAAAAUGAGUCAUGGUUAGACAGAUAUGUCGUUUCUUUUUAUUGGAGUAUAGUAACUAUGACUACUAUUGGAUAUGGAGAUAUUACUCCUGUGAAUUUGACAGAAAGAAUAUUUGUUAUAUUUAUGACUAUGAUUUCAUCAGCAACUUUUGCAUAUACUGUCAACAAUAUAGGAGGUAUUUUUUAAGAUUUCUCCAAACAAUCUGUUCAACUAAAAAAUAAUAUGAAUCAAUUAAACAGAUUUCUGAGAAGUUAAAAUGUUUCAGAUGAUCUACAAAUCAAAUUCAGAAGAUAUUUUGAAUAUUUGUGGAGUAAACCCUCUUAAAAGGUUAUUCAAUUUGCUGAGUUAAUACCAAGGAGUCUAAAGGAUCAGAUGAUAGUCGAUGUAAAUAUAAAGAUAUUAAAUCAAAUAAGUUUUUUCUAACAAUUCAGUUAACCGCUUUUGAAUAAGUUAUGUAUGAAUUUAGAAGAAAAGUAAAUUCAGUCAAAUGACUAUCUAUUUACAAGAAAUAAGUAAUCAUCAUAGUUGUACAUACUCGUCUCUGGAGAAAUUAAAUUGUAAAUCCAAUUGAAAGAUAAGCCAAAACUACUGCAAAGACUUGAUGCUCCCUCUUUUGUAGGGCAAUUAGACUUUUUUAAUAAUCAACCUUAUUCUUACGAUGCUAUCGCUUCUAAGGCCACUAAAAUUCUGCAUAUUUCUAGAGAAACACUUCACAACAUAUAUAAAGAUUUUCCCUUAGAUUAUGUAUGAUUUAUUUCACCAUUAUAAUUAGGAAAAGUACAAAUAAGUUUCAGAAGACAUUGUCCAAAAUAAAUAAUUGUCACACAUCUCAGUAAUCUGUAAUACUUGUAAAAGUAAUACCCAUUUUAUCAAUUCUUGUCCCUUUCUUUUCGGGACACCAAACAGAACUAAAGCUAUCUAUAAAUAUCGUAAAUUUACUCCAUGCGAUCGAAAGCCUGAUUUCUAAAGACAUAACCAUUCCAGAAAAAUGUAUGCCUUGAAACACUAGUUUAUUGUUUUAGAAAGCAUAUUAAAUUAUAUGAUGAAGAAUGAAGAGUUCAUUCACAUUGAAGGCUUUAAGGAAUUACAAAUGUAGACUCAGCAAUUUUAAAACAAUUAAUUUACCUUCAAUUAAAUACCUAUAGGACUCUCAGUACACCACUCAAAUAAUUCUGUUCUGCCUCCACUUCUUAUCAAUUCUUCAAGUAAAUAAUCCUAAUCUUAAAGAAUAUUAUAAUCUGUAGGAAAUUUGCUGCCUCCUUAAGUUGAAGACUCUCCCAGAACAUUUCGCAAUAAUUAAAUUAUAAACACUACUAACUUGAGAAAUUAUCAUAAACUUUCAAUUAAUCACGGUUCUCAAUCAGAUUUACCAAAGGUUGAGGAUGAAGUUCCAAUUAUUGGAAAGUUCUAAAAAAGAAACGAUGUUGAAUCAUUAUGUGUAAACAAUGAUAAUUAAUAAUAAUAAUAAUAAUAAUAAUAAUAAUAAUAGUAAUAAUAAUAAUAAUAUCAUAAAUAAUUAAACUAAUAAUAUUAAUAACUAUAAUUAUUACCUUAAAUUUAAAUAAAUUAAAUAGGGCUAAGACGAAAAUCAGUUAGAUUAAAAAGAGAAGAAAGUUCAGAGGAUGAUAAUGAUGAUUCAGGUCAAAUUAUGGGAUAAUAUAUAGAUAUAUUUUAGUAAUUUGAAAGAAUGUAGGAAUUCAACAAUUAUUAUCCUCAUAAUAAUAUAUCCAUAGUAGUUAACAAAGUAUGAUAUUACAAUAUCUUGUAUUCAUAGUAUCAAGAGAGUAUAUUUGGCUACAUGAGGCAAAUAAAAAAAAGAAAAAGUAGAAAAUAAGAAACCUUAUUACAUUUGCUUAAACAAGCAUAAGGCAAAUAAAGAUUAUGA